AUGGUAUCAACUGUCCACCUGGCGAUCUUUACGAUCAUUCUAGGUCUCACUGUCAUUCUGCAGACUUUCACAAAGAAAAGAGCCAAUCUACCCCCAGGACCGAAAGGCAAAUUCCUGAUUGGCAAUUUGUUUGAUCUUCCCUCGUCAGGAACACAGGAAUGGAUGCAUUGGCUGAAGCACAAAGACCUCUACGGUCCCAUCAGCUCCGUCACCGUCCUCGGCAAGACCCCGAUUAUCGUCAAUGAUCGAGACCUGGCAUUUCAAAUUCUAGAAAAGAAUUCUAUAAAGCAUUCCUCGCGACCGCACCUCAUCUUUGCCGGUGAACUAGCUGGAUGGGGUAAGUUAGUACCAAAUCAAGACAACACGCCGCUUCUUCGAGCCUAUCGUCGCGCAAUAACCAGAGUUAUCGGAACGCGAGAAUCCGCGGCCAAGUUUUGUGGGCUCCUCGAAUUAGAAGCGAGACGGUUCGCAUGCCGUGUUCUGCGUACGCUGGAGGAGUUCCUCGAUCAUAACAGGACCGCUUCCGGGGCUUUUCUUUUGACUGUUACAUAUGGCUAUAACAUUGAGCCUUGCAGUGAAGACCCCUUGCGUGUUGCCAGAGAUCAUGUUCAAACCCUCACAAGAUUCGCGGAGAGCCCGCUUGCAUUUACCAAGGCUCAAAUGGACCAGGGAAAAGAUACAGAGUGCUUUGUUUCGACUCUUCUCGGACAAGGCGAAGAUGAAGAAAUCGUCAAAUGGGCAGCGGUGGCAAUUUAUGGCGGUGCAGGUGAUACGACUACUGCAAUUCUAGAGGGCUUCUUUCUGGCAAUGACACUGUUCCCGGAAGUUCAACGCAAAGCUCAAGCCGAGAUAGAUGAACUGUUCGGCAAGCCUACUUUGCCAUCGGUGACCGAUCGGGAAAAGUUACCCUAUGUGAAUGCUAUCUUCAAGGAAGCUAUUAGAUGGUAUACUGUCGCGCCCUUGGGCAUUCCUCACCGAACGGACGAAGACGAUAUCAUCAAUGGCUAUUUGAUUCCCGAAAAUGAAAUCAUUGUACCGAAUACAUGGUCGUUUAACAAUGACCCGAUGAUAUACCCCAACCCCCAGGGUUUCCAACCCGAACGAUUCCUUUCCGAGCCCAGUGUGCUUGAGCCGGGAGAUGUGAGCUUCGGCUUCGGUCGCAGAAUUUGCCCUGGCCGUUUGAUCGCUGAAACUUCAAUCUUCCUCAUAAUUGCCCACACGCUGGCCGUCUUCGACAUCAGAAAGCCCACAGAAAAUGGCAAAGAAAUCGAGCCCACUGUAACCCUCGAUAUUAGCGAUAUUCGCUUUGAUAUCUCGUUUUAUGGCCCCUUUUUCAAGGAUCUGCCCAGGCGACUCGGAGAAAGUGCCGUCUUGGAUGCUGCCGCUCAGGCUUUGGUCUCUUCACAUCCCUUUCUCCAUCGUCUUCAUGUUAGAGAAGUUCCCCGCGAUGUGUUAAUGCUUUUUGGGAAAUCCGUUAGGGCAUUAAGGGAAUGUCUGGACAAUCCAGUUGAGGUUCGAUCGCCGCAUACCCUCUGUGCUAUUUAUCUCAUCUCAAUCUGUCAGGCUUGGCUUGGGAAGUUUGAAAAGCAAUCAGCCAGCCAUGGGACAGCCAUUGCACAUUUACUCAGGAUUGCAGAUAUCUCCAGGUACAAAAGUGGAUUCGAAAGAGAUUUGAUCGUCACUUUGAGUGUGCCGGUGAUCCUGGACGGAAUAUGCAAUCCUCGGGUUCAAAUGGCUCCGAGUUUCUGGAACGACAUGAUGAUCCUCAUCCAGCAAGGUUCCUCUCCAGCUCCGGAUAGUAUACCACGAUCAACCACGACUCUACUAUCGCUUUCACAGUUCCCAGGAUACCUCCACCACCCACACUCCCAUGCCCCCGAGAUCACCGCAGCAUAUAUCAAGCUCCAAGAAGACGCACAGAAUAUCUACCUGUAUCUAGACCAACCCACUGACCCAGCCGGUCUGUCCUCCCCGGUCCUUAUCCGACGGUCGCGCCAUCGAGCAACAUAUACCGUGGUCAUUGCUUUAGCACUUCUUCUAAACACCAUUCUUCGUGCACUGGAUCCAGAAAACGCCGUGCUCGCCGAGGAGUCGACUUUCUUUUGCGAGCGAAUUAUCAACGAGGCUGAGUUAGCUUCGCGCUACCGUCCAAUUGGUGCCGCUUAUGUCGUCCCUUGUCUGGUCGUUGCCUUGGGUACUGCAGAAUCUCCACAGCAGCUGGCACGCAUCGAGGCCACAUUGACAGAUUACCAGACUGACUUUGGGGGGUUUGAAUGGCGGGAACUUGCUAUGUGGCUCAGGGCUGUAUUUCACAGCCAUCGUGGGUUCCGGGAGCUUCUAUGA